CUAAUCAUAAUGACCAAAUAAACAACACAACAAAACUCUCACACCAUUUAACAAUCAUUCAUCUCUCUCUCUGCUCUCUCACAAACACAUUACACAACACAAACACAACACACAAAACAUAAACAACAGAGGUAGCGUUUGUAUUCGGUUAUAUCAUCUGUUCUUGUCUGAGAAGAACAAAACAUGAAAAUGGCCAUGGAUUGCGGCAUCUAUGGCGUCAUCAAGCUCCGCAUGUUCUUCUUCACUUUCCUCAUUCUCUUUCUCUCCACCUUCACCUCCACCCUCUCCGUCUCGUCAUCUUCAACGGUUCAGAUAAACUCAAACUCAAUCUUGGUGGCUCUACUCGACUCACAUUACACAGAACUCGCUGAACUCGUUGAAAAAGCCAUGCUUCUCCAAACACUAGAAGACACUGUCGGCAACAACAACAUCACCAUUUUCGCUCCCAAAAACGAAGCUCUCGAACGAGAUCUCGACCCUAACUUCAAAACCUUCCUCCUCGAACCACGAAAUCUCAAGUCUCUUCAAACUCUCCUCAUGUCACACAUCAUUCCAACCCGAAUCAACGGAUCCAUACCCGGGUCGACCCGACACACAACACUCUCCCUUCAACACCACCUCACUAUCCAACCAAACCAAACCUCCCAACAAUGGACAGUUAACGGCGCGAGAAUUCUCCAUCCAAACGCCGUGACUAGACCCGACGGCGUCAUCCACGGAAUCGAACGUCUCAUUAUCCCACGCUCCGUACAAGACGACUUCAACCGUCGCAGAAGUCUCGUCUCCAUCGCCGCUAUUAAACCGGAAGGAGCACCGGAAGUUGAUCCGAGAACUCACCGCUUGAAAAAACCAGCCCCGCCGCAAAACCCUGGCUCACCGCCGGCUCUUCCAAUUUACGACGCAUUGGCUCCCGGACCGUCACUAGCACCGGCGCCAGCACCAGGACCUGGUGGACCCCACCACCAUUUCAACGGCGAGGCACAGGUGAAAGAUUUCAUCCAAACGCUGAUUCAUUACGGCGGUUACAACGAGAUGGCGGAUAUUCUCGUAAACCUAACGUCGUUAGCGACGGAGAUGAGUCGGUUAGUUUCAGAGGGUUAUGUUUUAACGGUUCUAGCUCCGAACGACGAAGCCAUGGCUAAGUUAACAACGGACCAGUUGAGUGAACCGGGUUCACCGGAACAAAUCAUGUAUUAUCAUUUAAUUCCUGAGUAUCAGACUGAGGAGAGUAUGUAUAAUGCUGUUAGAAGAUUCGGGAAGGUUCGUUAUGAUACACUGCGAUUGCCUCAUAAGGUUGAUGCUCAGGAAGCUGAUGGGUCGGUGAAAUUCGGGCACGGUGACGGGUCGGCGUAUUUGUUCGACCCGGAUAUUUAUACAGAUGGGAGGAUUUCUGUGCAAGGGAUUGAUGGGGUUUUGUUUCCUCAUCAAGAGGAAGAGGAGGUUGUUGAUAAGGAUGUGGCCCGAACCCGGUUGGGUCAACCCGCUAAAGUUGUGGUUAAGCAAAGAAGAGGAAAAUUGCUUGAAACAGCUUGCUGGAUGCUUGGAACCUUUGGACAACAUUCUAGGUUCACCUCUUGUCAAUAAACAGAAAAAUGCACAUGAAAUUCCAAAGAUGUAAAAAGUCAACGGAAUAUGAAUGAAGGCCAGAUUUACUUGAAUGGAUAAUAGCAGCUGCUGCUAUAUAUUGGUUUGGUUUAGCCAACUUUUUUCUUUCUCUUCUCCCUCUUGAUUUUCUUGAUGUAAGCACAAAAGUUUCUAUAUAGUGCAUAUAUGAAUAAUAUAUAUGUAAUUAGGUUCAAUUAGUACUGGUUGUGGGGUGAAAAGGUUUUGUGAAAUAAUAAAAAAGGCCAGAAUCCGUGCCUUGUUCGGUAAGUAAUUUUACUCGGAAAAAAAUGGAAAUACGGUAAUAAAAUUAUUCUUUAUUGUAAUAUGAUCUUUUA